CGAUCAAUGGUACGCGCACCUGGCCAGACGGCAGUCGAGCUACAAGCCUCUUUGUUCACUAGUCGAGCAGUCAUUGGCGAAGACGCCCGCACAAAUGAUGGCACCACAGAAAAGAUCAGCGGCAGAAGCGGAAUCGCUUCUUGUCGGAGUAAAAUGUAUUGUGGUUGAUAUCGAAGGAACUACUACUCCUAUCACAUUUGUUAAGGACAAGCUGUAUCCAUAUGUCAGCGACAACCUAGAAAGCUACCUUAAGGAAACCUAUGAUGAGGCAGAGACGAAGAAAGAUAUUACUGCCCUUCGAGAACUUGCCAAGAAAGACAAGGAGGAGUCUGUUGAGGGUGCAGUGGAGAUUCCAGAUGCAGCUGCAGGCAAAGAAGAGGUGAUAAAGGGCGUGGUUGCCAAUGUGCGAUGGCAAAUGGACAAUGACAGGAAAUCAACAGAGCUGAAACAGCUGCAGGGUCAUAUCUGGCGUCAAGCGUAUGAAUCAGGCACAUUAAAGGGAGAGUUGUUUGAAGACUGUGCACCUAUGUUACGAAUGCUUAGUGAGGAGGGAUUUAUGUUAUACACCUAUUCAUCUGGAAGCGUAGAAUCACAGAAACUGCUGUUUGCAAACUCUUCGGAAGGUGACCUUACCGAGGUUUUCAGUGGGUUUUUCGACACCAGUGUGGGUCAAAAGACAGAUCCCAACAGCUACAAAAAUAUUGCCAAGGAAAUCAAUGAUGACAAGCCAGCAGAUGAAAUCCUUUUUCUUACAGAUUCUCCAGAAGAGGCAGAGGCAGCCGUGGCUGCUGGCUGGAGAAGUGCGCUGGUGAUCAGACCAGGUAAUGCAGAUUUGACAGAUGAACAUCUGCAAAAUUUUGCUUGCAUCGAACAAUUUGAUGAGCUGUAUGGUGACGAGGAUGAAGAGGACAUCAAGCGCAUGCACCAGGAGGACAAUGGUGAGGCUGAAGAAGAAGACGAAGAGGAAGUGGAUGAAGAUGAGGAAGAAGAAAACGAGGAAGAAGAAGGAGAGGGGGAUGGUGAUGAUGCCUAGUGCCCCAGUCGGGAUAGGGGAGGGACAGGUAGGAGAGCAAGUAUGGUAUGGCAGGGUGUGGGUGGGCGGGCGAAUGUUGGUUAGCAUGGCACCAGGCCCAGUCCUGCAGGGAGUUUCUCACAGCAUCACGAUGGAUGGACGAGGAAUGGGAUAAGAACAUCAAACCUCAUGGAUGCCUCAGCCUAUUGGAGGGGCUGCUUUCUUUAUGAUGAUUUUCAAAAUUCCCAUUUCCCCAUUAUUACUGACCAUCUUUUUCUAUCUUAUCAUUGGUUCCGAAGAUUAUUUUUCCUUCCCUGUUCUAUAUAUCUUGACCAACUUGUUAGGGUUUUUUUUAUUAUUUUUUUUUCUAUUGUACCCUUGGAUUUUUUUUUCCCCCACCCACCCCUUAGUGGCACUUUACUUGGUCCCGAACCUUUCUUGAUUUGUUACAAAAUUUGGUUUUUUGCCGAGGUGCAAAAAAUGGUUCCACUUGGCUGCCAAUAUUUGGCACAGGUGCCAAUGCACAGGACAUAGGUCACCAGCCAUCAAGGAAGGUUUUGCUUUUGAAUUGGAUGGAGAUUGGAAUAGGCAGCAAUUUUAUCUUCUCAGCAGUUUUUCCUACGCAGUUCUUUUGUGGAAGGCAUUGUACGGAAUUCACAUACUGUCUCCUGGGGGUAUCCACAUCAUGAUUUUACUACAGUUUGCUGUAUUUGAGGAAAAACAUACAGCUCGCCAUAACCAUAUUGUUAAAUGUAUGGUCUGUUUGUUCAUUUUGGAUUUUUUUUAGCAAAAUCGUCAUUUUUAAGAGUGUAAUAUUUUUGUUUGUAAAAGAUAUAUAUAUUUAAGAAUUAAUAAAAUGAAGUCUGAAGCAGUGGUUGCAGCUAAAUUUUGAUACAUUGUUCCAACAUCUCACCAAAGACGUUUUCUUAAUAUGGAAAAAGGAGAGACUGGCUUUCAGUCCAUGCAGAAAGAUAAUUUAAAAGUUAAGGAUUUCAAAAUGUCGUUGGUAGCAUUAUCUGUGACUGCAUCUUCCAUUCUCUUGUAUUCCACCAUCUGUAGUAGCUAGUACUUGUCGGAUGUUUUUAAUAGAUUUUUAGAUAUAUACACCCUAAAAUUUUGAUGCCCUCUUGUCAGGUAGUAGUUUGAUAAAUGUGUUUAUUUUUUUAGUUUUAUUUUACUAGAUGCUUGGUAGGUUGAAACAUCUGUGUACUGUGUAAAUUCUUUUAGUUUGUGUGGAAAAUUCUUGCCACCACUUGAGUUGGCUAAAAAGUGCAUAUAGUUAAACACAAGGGAAUGUCUGUGCACUGCCUUUUACACACGAUUCAAAACAGUUUACUGUUGUGUGGGUCUGUACUGUUAAUUUUCUCAUCUGUUGAGUUCAUGAUUGCUCAUCUGUCUGAAGUGAUGGAUUUGCAAAACUGAGCAAGAAGUAAACUGUAGUUUCAUACACA